AUGGCCCCCCGGCUCUGCCCCGCCCGGCGCCCCUCUGCCUGGCUGCUGCGGGGGCUGCUGGCAGGGCUGGGGGGGCUGGCGCUUGUGAGCCUCCUGGUUGGGGGCACAGGGGAGGAGCUGCUAUCGUGGUCACUGGCCCCCUUCCUGGGAGGUGGGGGAGGUUUCCUGCACGCAGACCCCCCCUUGCCUGGCCCCGACUCCUUCCUGCUGCCCAACGUGGAUGGCUGCAGGCCCCGGGCCCCCUUCCUGCUGGUGCUGGUGGCCAGCGCGCCAGGGCACACGGCCCAGCGCCAGGCGGUGCGUGCCAGCUGGGGGGGCGCCCGCAGGGCCGGGGGGUACCCGGUGCGGACGCUCUUUGCCCUGGGGGCGCCGGGCUCAGGCAAGGAGCAGGCCCGGCUGGAGGAGGAGUCCCAGCGGCACGGGGACCUGGUCCAGGGCCGCUUCGCCGACACCUACGCCAACCUGACCCUCAAGACCAUGAUGCUGCUGGGCUGGGCGGCCGCCCACUGCCCUGGCGCCGCCUUUGUGGUGAAGGUCGACGACGACGUCUUCCUCAACCUGCCCGCCCUGGCCCGCCACCUGGGGGCGCUGCCCAGCCCUCGCCAGCUCUACCUGGGCCGGGUCCACUGGCGGGUGCAGCCCAACCGCGACCCCGGCAACCGGCACCAUGUCCCGGCCUCCGCCUACCCGGCCGGGGCCUUCCCCCCCUACUGCAGCGGCACGGCCUACGUGCUGUCCGGCGACGCUGCCCUGGGGGUGCUGGGGGCCGCCCCCCACGUGCCUCCCGUGCCCCUGGAGGAUGUCUACGUGGGGCUGUGCGCUCGCUGGGCUGGCUUGGCCCCCACCCACACGGCCCGCAUGGCUGGAUCCACCCACUACCCCAUGGACCCCUGCUGCUACGGGGAGGUGCUGUACAGCGUGCACCAGGUGGGCCCUCAGGCGAUGGGGGCAGCCUGGGCUAUGGUGGGGGGAGAAGGGGGAGCCUGUACCCCACUGCAUAGGGGGCUGGGGGUGCUGAGGUGCAAGGUGCUAGCCCUGCUGGAGGGUCUGUGA